AAAUCACAUUGGAAAAGCUUAAACUUUUCUCAUUGAACAGACUUUUACCCAACCACUCUUUUAUGUUUACAAGCGUGCACAUCUGACAGCUGACAACCACCCACCACCCACUCCCUCUGCUGAAAUGUUUUCUUCGCACUUUACAAUCGGUCCGUCAGUUGCCAGGUUUUUCUCGGAGACGACAGUUAUCGCGAGUGCGCGAGUUCCCAGCAGCAAAAGGCAAUAAAAUACCUUCCCGUGUGGCAGGAGAAAAAAGGAGUUUUUCGACCAAAUUCGAUCGGAAAUUGCUGUGAUUCCUUCGGUGGUGAAGCGCCAAGUUUCGGAAAUCAAUCAGAAUGCCGGCUGCAGUCCCCGCGGAAAAUGGUGCGGCAGCACCAGGAGUUCCAAAGACAGAGUUGCAGGAGCUGCAAAUCAAGCAGCAGACGGUGGUGGAUGAGUCCCUGGAUAGUACCCGACGAAUGCUGGCGCUAUGCGAAGAGAGCGAAGAUGCGGGUGCAAAAACUCUUAAUUUAUUCAGUAUACAAGGCGAGCACUGAAGUGGGAAUGCGUACCAUCGUUAUGCUGGAUGAGCAAGGAGAACAACUGGACCGCAUCGAGGAGGGCAUGGACCAAAUCAAUGCCGACAUGCGCGAGGCCGAAAAGAAUCUCAGCGGAAUGGAGAAAUGCUGUGGCAUUUGUGUGCUACCGUGCAAUAAGAGUUCAUCCUUCAAGGAAGACGAUGGUACAUGGAAAGGUAACGACGACGGUAAAGUUGUGAAUAAUCAGCCUCAAAGAGUUAUGGACGACCGUAAUGGACUAGGACCACAAGCGGGUUACAUUGGAAGGAUCACCAACGAUGCACGUGAGGACGAAAUGGAGGAAAACAUGGGACAGGUCAACACGAUGAUCGGUAACUUGCGAAACAUGGCCCUUGACAUGGGAUCUGAGCUCGAGAACCAGAACAGACAGAUUGACAGAAUCAACCGCAAGGGUGAGUCCAACGAAACCAGGAUAGCAGCCGCAAACGAAAGAGCACACACCCUACUGAAAUAAGCUGAUCCACGCACCCCGGGAUAGAGAUCACUAUGAUAUUAUGGCUAAGUUUGUAUGUAAGAAUGUGCAAGAAGUGCAAGAAUGCGUAUGAAGUGGUGAAAAUUAAAAGGAAAAUACUCUACUUUAAAAAAAGCAAAGGCAGCAGCAGCAUGAUACUACUGUACUCUUCACCAUUAUAUUCAAAAUUUACUGUCGAUCGCGUACUCAAAUCGCAGUGCGAACACAAUUUGCAACAUCUCUGUCAGCAUGAUUUUCCCUAAACUUCAAGGUUUUGUUCUUGGAAAGGAAAACAAAGUGUAGCGAAAGAAGUCAAACAGAAAAGAGCAUAUGAUGUUUUUUACUGAAUGUAAUGACGAUAAUGCGAAAAUUUAUUGUAUUAAAAUUAUUGAUCAUUGUCACCUAUUGAAUUUUAUGAGAAUCUCAAUAUAACAUCUAUAUAAAUAUGUAUUGAAAAAUAAUCUUGUAUAAACUACGGUAAUCCGCUUGUUAAAAAUAUAUAUAUACAUACAAUAUUAUAUAUUAUGAAGUAACAAACAAUUAUUGAACCUUCAAAUACGCAACAGUUAAAUAAACAUAAACAUAGGAUUUACAAAUAUUAAAACAACAAAAUAUUGCUUUGUUUAAAAAUAAACUUAUUUUUGCUGAUUGUUGGGAACGCAUUUCGAUUGUUCCGAAGCAGUCAAUUGUCGUGCUUUUGCUCUUUUCAAUUUAUACUUAUGUUUUGAAGUCAAAAUAAGUGCCUAGCACUGUAAUUUUUCGUUUAAUAUACUUCAACUUGAUCGUUUAUUUAAACAAAAACGUCAACAAAGCCAGCGUUGUUUGGAGCGCAUGCUUCGAUGAGUUUAUUUAAAAGUGUUCGAUCAUCGGUAUAAAGAUUUUCUGUUUUAAAAACAUUUUUCAAUGUUUCUUUUAUAUUUUGAUAAUUGUUUAACAUGAAUAUGUAAUUUAAAAAAAAACCUGUUCGUUUAGACUGCUUGUUAAAAGAGUUUUUUUUUAAUUUUACUCGACUUGUUUGAUUAAAAAAAGAGUAAAACUACGACGAUAUGCCAUCAACGUGGAUGCUUCUUAACAAUCACGCCAGAAAGUCCGACGAGCCCGAUGAAAUUGAUGCAGUCUAAAAAAAUUAGGCCAUUGGUCAAAAAAUCUCCAUAAUGUUGGGACCAAAAUCACCUGACCACAGAAGAAAAAAACAUGUUGAUCCAGCCAUCAGGCACACACAUAGCCAGGUCAAAUGUUCUUACUGAUCAGUAAAGUUGUUUGAGAAAACUGAUAUAGCUAGAGAACUCUCGAUCAAUCGCCGGAGUGUGUGUGUCUGUAAUGGCCGAGUAGUUGAAUAAUGGUAUCGAAUAACUCCCAACAUUUGUUGACGAACAGAAACGAAAAAUCUAACGAAAUGUUACACGUUUUUAUUUACAACUUGUUCGCGCCCGUAAACAUAAAGUGGUUAAAAAUCAAAGCAAUAAAGGUCCUUAUUUUCUUAAUGUGCACUGUCUUCAUUAAAAAUGCUCCUCGAGAAACCAUUCUGAAUUGACAAAAGUGCGAUACGGUUUUAAAUCCUUUGCACACAUUUUUUUCAUAGUAUUUCACAUUCAAGUGUGAUUACUUUCCAGCAUUUCUGACUAUCUCAAUAUUCUGUUGCAGAUCCGACGUUUUCUAUAUGUUUUCCCACCGACAAAUUUUAGAAGGAAAGUAAUUGUUACGAUACAACUUUCAGAAAACAUUUAUUAAUAUAGAUACGAACAAAACCAAUAAAAAAAAAGAAAACAUCCAUAUAAGUAGGACAAUUUUAGAUUCAAAAAUCAGUGAAAAACAUCUUUCCAAGUAAAGAAAAUCAAACUCACAUACGAAAAAAGUAAUGCUUCAGCUCCGUAGUUCAACAAGACAUUUUCCUCCUUCAGUGCGGUUGAUCUUGUACAGAUGGCCUAUGAUGCGUAGAAAUGCACUCGAAUAGUUGCAAAACUCAAAGUGCUUCAUUGGUAAAAUUAACUAAAUGCAUAAAAAAACAAAAAAUCAAAUCUACAAUACUGUACUGCAUAUUACGGUCCUCAGUAGUUAUAGAAAUAAAUCUAUGAUACACAAAAAGAACACAAAAACACACAACGCAAAAGAAUACAACUCGAAUUGAUCGGACUAUCUGACAAGAUAGCUUUAUUGUGAGUAACAAUAAAACAAAAAGCAAGGUGCAGCAGAUCGAAAACGGAAUCUUUCCAGAAAUUUAAUCGAAACCAACCACUAAGCAAGGAAAAUCCACCAUCUUGUUACUCGAUUUGAUUUAGAAAAGAAAAUUAAAAUUAACUAGCUGAAAUUUGAUGUAACAGUUAAACUCUUCCUUGGCUUUCUGAAUUAAUUAAAAAUAGAAAGAGGGAUAGAUUUUGUUGCCGUUUCUUCAUUUGAAUCAUGUUUGUCUAACAAAAAAUAACAAGGAUGUCGUCCCAUACUAACCAGUUCUCAUUUGUGUUUGUUUUAACUUUUUUUCUAAAUAAUGGUAACAGGUAUCAGGUUAAUAAAAUAAAAGUCCAUUGAAGAAAACUCUAGUUUCGUACUACUUAUUGUUUUUUUUUUUUAAGUUUUGUUAUUAUACGCUAACUGCAACCUUAACAAUUGCUGAAGUUAAAAAUGAUAACCACCACAUUCCAAAACUUUAAAGUCCAAUAACUUUAACGUAACAGAAAUGAAGAUGUUGGUGCUGUUUUUGUAUAGGUUACGUUAUGAUUUAUUUUAUUUUCUGUUAUUUUUUCCUCUUUAUUUUAUUUUUUUCAUUUCAUUUUAAGGGAGACGACAACACGACUAGGCUCCAAGAAGCUAGUAAAAGGACCGAUCAACUGUUACGAAGCUAAUGCAACGGGUUUGGUUUUGUUUUCCUUCAUUCAGUAUAAAUGGGAACGUUCACGAUGCAAAAAAUCUGUUGCCAGCACCAAGACUAUUCCAGAUAUUCUUGAUUUUUAACUACAAGAUUGUUCGAAGUGGAUAUUUCGAUUUCCGUAUUUGAAUAAAAUAGUUUGUGAAAGUUAUUUAUCUUUUUUAUCAUUUGAAAAUUUGUAUGUUUUUUUUUUAAAUAAUUUAAACCUACUGCAAAACAACUAAAACCAUAUCAUAUUCGAAGCAGAGUUGUAUAAUCUACGAGAGCGCAUUUCCGGUAUACCAAACAUGAUGUGAAUGGUUCUUUAAGUGUCCCGUUACUUCCUAAAAUUCCUGUGUGUAGGUCACCAUAAGGUCAACAAGAAGCAAAGGUAUUGAUUAAAAUUCAAUUCCAGUUUUCGUUAGAGAUAAAUUCCCGUUAAACGGCACUUUGCUAGCAAUAAUGAACAUAAUAACAAUUGUGAUAUACAAACAUAAACUUACAAGAACUAUUAUAAUAUGAGCCAAAACAAAGACGCGAAGUUGAAAUUUAAUAUGGACGCAGCCUUGAAACAAAAAAGCAACAUAGAAAAAGAAUUGGCACCUGUACGAAAUGCCUUGUUUUAUCGUCUGAGCACUAGUUUAAAACCAAAAUAACGUUUUCCCGAUUAUUUCAAAACGCUUUGUUACACCCAUGGUUACAUUUUAGCAACAGCAUAUUGAAAAUCCUAACGCAUUAUAGAUAAAAGAAGUUGAGAUGUUAGUAGCGGAUGUCUAAAGGAGAUCAUGUUAUUGACUUCUUUUCAUAUUACCAUCAAACUAGCAAACUUAAACAUUAGACACAUUCGAAGUUGCUAUUCAAAUGUUGGGAAACCCAGUGGAGAAUGGCACGUUGUACUAUAAACGGUACAUUUUAUUUGUAUUACUCAGUUUAUUUUUUUAUUCAAAGAUAAUAUUAUCUGCAUCAUUUUUAUCAUUUAAGAAACAAUCCAAACGAUUGUAUAAAUUUGUACUCAUGUAUUGUUUUACAACGUCGUAUUUAUCAGAACUAAUGCGACUGGGUACAAGCAAUAAAUUGGAAAGUUUGUUCAAAUUUUAAUGAAAUUGGUCCCACCAAACUGUUCUGACACAAAGUUUUACUAAAAAUAACAUGGUUUUAUUCAAUGUGAAAAAUUGCAACGAAACGUAUGUUUGGCAUAAUAUGCUAAUGCACAAUAAUGGAUUCUUUCAACAUUUAAUAUCAUUUGCUAUUACAUUUCGUCGGAUAGGAUAGAUAGAAUAAGAUUUAUUACAUGCCCGAGAUGGUUUUGUUUUCCAAACAUACUGGGAUUUCAGUAUGAGCAAUGUAUGUCUUUUGGUCUGAAUAAUUGCAAGCUUUUAACCUGCUGAUUGGACACAAAUCAAAAGUUGAAACUCUGUGUCAAAUCUAAAUACAAAAAAAAUGCAACCUUUUGUUGUUGGCCCUAAUUGAGUACAUUAGCAUCAGUUAAGCGUGUUUGGGCUACAAAAUACAACCAGCAAUAGAAUAAUAUCUUAGGCUGAAUCUACAAAAAAUGCAAAAUUAAACCGAACAAAAAUUAGAACAAGCCGUUGAAAGGGCAGUAUCCAGCAGAUCUAGCAAGACAGAUAUUUAUCGCUUUAAAAAAUCAAUUCAACUCUCGUUGUCUUUUAAAAUCUAUGUGUGUUAUAGUGAACCAAACGCAACUAUCGAUCAAGUGAUCAAGAUAAUUAAAGAAACUCAAACAUCCUGAGCUUGACCUGUCUAGCACAUUUAUUCACCACACUAAAAACAAACAAAGGUCCUAAGUUAAUCCCCCUGAAAGUAUUGUGAUUUCCUGAAAACAAUGUGUUGUGAGUAGAGAAAUCUUAAUUGAAUGCUGGCAAAUUUGAAACAUAACAAAAUAGUCAGUAAUCGAAAAUUAAAAAAAAAACUCGCUACACACUUUUUCCAGAAGUUCUCACAUCAGUAAGAAAAACAAUCUCAAUACUGAUGCUGUAUCGCGAACAUCACCACUUCAUAGGAAAACUUCUUCAGUAUAGGGCAAAAUCUAUAAAAGAAGCCAUGUUAAGCAAAGCAGAUCAGGUAAUCGAAUGUACAGAUAUUAUUUAAUCAACGAGACAAGCUUAAAAUAUGAAAACGAGAUCUCGCCCAACGCGAGCUUAUUUUUGAGGUUUGUUUUGUACAGAAAUGAGUUUUUGGUAGUUCCAUUUUUGUUUGCUCUAUUGAUAAAUUGUUAACAUUUUGCUUUCAAUUUAGUUUUUUUAUUUACAAAA